GUCAGAGGUUAUUUCUCACGUUCUACUGAGUCGUUUGGCGGGGUGAUUAUCUAAUAUGGCGGAUCUUCCAUCUGGAGUUGACGUUGAGCGGCUAAAGAAAUUAGAAAAUCGUCUCGCUGGAGCUUCCUCUCCUGAAGGUGAAAAUAAUCUCCAUAUCGAUGAAGGUGGAGAUAAUAACAAAAUAGAAACACAGAGUGCUGAUGAUAGCUUUGAAAUUCGCACUAAAAAUGAAGAGGAGUCAAAUGGCCACAAAGAUGAAGCCAUGGAAACUGGUGAGGAAAACAAUGUCGCAGAGGAUAGCAGUGUUCCAGUUCCAGAUAAUGACAAUGUAACAGCAGAGAGCAAUGUUACAGAGAAGAAAAAUGAAACAAAAGAUACUGAUUCAACAUCUGUGGCUAGUGAAACACCAGCACCUUCUGAAACAAGUCAACAAUCUGAACAAGCAGACCCUUUGAAGGUUAAGAUAAAGGUUGAGCCUCCUGAAGAGAGCAAUGAAAGUGAAGACAGUAGAUUCAGCAAACAACCAAAAGAUUUUGAGAUUUCUACAACAGAAAAUGAGGAAAGUGAAUCCUCUAUGACAGCAAGUCCUACCACAAAAUCAAUGCUCAAGAAAACAUAUCCAAAAAAAUACAAUCGCCAGAAAGAGAUGGGAAUCACAUCUGACAUGCUUGUUCCAUUUGAAAAAGGUUGGAGAAGAGAAGUAGUAUUUCGUAAUCCUGUAACAACAGAUGAUGGACAUGCAAAAACAGUAUGUGAUAUUUACUAUCACCCACCUGCUCGUCUUAAAGGUAGAAAAUUGCGCUCAAUGGUGCAAAUAGGCGAGUUUUGUGAGACCCAUGACGUAGAAGGUCUAACAGUUAAAAACUUUAGUUUCCAGCGGGGUCCUAUAUUUGAGCCUCCUUUGGAGGAAAUUCGUACAGCAGGCAAGAGUAAAGGGGGGAUGCCCGCCAAAAACACCAAACCAGGAAAAACUCCAAAAAGUGCAAAGAAGUUCAAAAUCAAAAUCUGCACCCCUGGGCCUUCCCCAGCCAAGAUAGCAGAACUAGACACAACAGAAGUGUUGACCAAGGAUUCAGAGCCAAGCAAUCCAUCUUCACUGAUAUCUGAUGUUCUUGGCCAGUGGGAAGAUGAACUAAAAGCUAAACCUACACCAAAAAAGAGGAUUGGACCAAAAUCAAUGACACAAGGGGGUGGUCCAAAGCCUAAGAAGUUCCGGUCCCAGGCCCAGAUUGAUAGAAAAGACACCACGUCCAGUACUCCAAAGCGUCCCCGACUAGAACCAUGUACAAUGACAUGCCCUGGUCAAGAGGGGAAGAUGCCUAACCUCCAGUGUGGCAUAUGUAUGUGUCUGUAUCACACCAAGUGCGCUAACUUCAAUGAUGUUGUCAAAGACAGUGUUCUUUUUGUUUGUAGCAAUUGCUUAACUGCGAGUACAACAGGCGGCAAGGAACGUUUAGUGGAGAAACACUACCCCUCUCAGACAAUACCUCCAAACACUGCAAAGCCUGCAAUGCGUCCCCCACCACCUCUCCAGUUAGCCCCUAACCAGCAAGCCCCCAAUAAGCCCCCUAUACCGCAGACUGUACGGAUGAUGAGCCCAGCUUCCAUUGGUGCUAUGAAGCUGAUCCAAGGACCAGGAACAUCGGCAUAUUCAAUUGUCAAAGACCCAAUUGUUAUGAAUGUGAAUCCAGUAAAAGUAGCAUCUACUGCUUCAGUUGUUAUGCAAUCCCCUUUGAACAAUUUAAGACCACCAGUUGUUGCAACUAAUUCGCAGGUAACGACCACAUUGAAUCCCACUCAGGGGCCUUUUGUUGUGCAUACCAACCAAUCUACUCCAACCCCACAACGUAUUGUACAAGUUGGCCCUGGUGGAAUUAUGACAGAAAUAUCCAAUCCACCUCUACCACAAUCUCAACAGCUGACUCUAAACGCCAUGAAUAACGCACCCAGGUUAACCGCAGUGCCAGUCUCUAGUAAUAUAAAUCCAAUGGUGGUUAACCCAAUAGUAACUCUCCCCGCAGGUAACCUCAAUUCUGUCAAUUAUGCCCCUCUAGUACUCCCGUCUGCAUCCAGUGUCAACUCAAAUCAAGGCACCCAAAUACUUGGUCGCCCCCCUGUUACUAAACUAGCUGUCCCCCAGAUACAAACCAAUAAUCAGCCACCCCCAGUUCAUGUGACGAGCAAUUCAGCAUUCAAUGUCCAGAUCUCCCCAUCUACGUCGACAACAUCUAGUAGUAAAGUAAAGGAGGAUCCUAAUCAGACUUUGGUGAGUGGUCAGUUGUUGACCCUACCUCCCAAUGUUAUCUCUAGAAUAAACCUAUCAAUGCCUCUCUCCCUACUUGUUGGCAAGACGUCUAUUCUGGUGCCACCAGAAUGUUUCAUAAAGUUAAAUGAUACUGUGAAGGUGUUCCUUCCUGCGGAUACACUUCCCAAAAAAGAUGCAUCUGAGGAUAAUCUGCCUAUUGUGGACACAGCAAAAACAACUCCCGGAUUUGUAUCAUUAUUGAAUAAACCACUGGCUGCAGUUACCGCUAAGGCACCCGAUGGGAAGAUGUUACCCUCGACUUCACCUAUGACGUCACCCAAUCAGAAUGCAGCCACACCAAUGGAUACAGAUGAGCCAUCGUCAACUAAAUCUGAUUCAAAUCUAAAUGCAACAAUUCCCUCCAUCUCAACCUCCUCAAUGCCACAGAUCAAAUUGAUAACAAGAAAAUGUAAAGACAUUAACCCUACACUUUGCUAUGUGAAAAAACUGAACCAGGGGUUUGAAUGCUUGCUUGAAAUAUUUUCGCACCUUGGAUUGAAGGGGUUAAUGGCUGCUAGUCAAGUUUGCAGGGCAUGGAGAAAAACUGCACAACAUACACGCUUGUGGCGUGAAGUAAGACUUCAUAAAGUGAAAAUUUCAAAUUGGGAAAGGGCUGCAGAAUUUUUCUCUGAUAUGAUGGUCCAGAGUUUGGAUAUGACGGGGGCUGCACAAGCAAGGACAAAUGAAUUCUGGGAGAAUUUCAAAAAUGCUGCUGAAUACCUGUAUACGUUAAAGCGAAUACAGUUGGGGAAAUGUCAGGUGUCAAUUGUACAUGAAGUUGGAGAAAACAUGAAACAGCUGAGAUCCUUGAGGACUUUAUUAAAGAUCAGCACUUCUGAGAAUUACACACCUUCAUUGGACCUCAGCAAGUUUGCGGAGUCACGGAAACUGGAAGAGCUCUUCAUUAAAGGAGAUAACCCUUAUGCCUUGACAUCAUUUUCAUCAGACUCAAUUUUAUUGAAAAAUGGUUUUCAAAAUCUGCAGACCUUGUCACUGUUGAAUCUAAAAGGCAAUGGAGAUGAGCUUGCAUUUCUCGCCUCCCUGAAGAAUGUCUCUAAGCUUGAACUUGGGAAUUGUACAGACUGGUCCAGUGAGAUGUAUCAACACAUCAGUGCAAUGACAGGGAUUACCAUGUUGCGAUUAGAACAAGGUGGAGAGUCUGCAGCUCAAGGUCUUCCACUGGUCUUUAAAAACCUCAAGAAACUUGACGUGUUACAGCUGAUUCUGUUUGAUGUGUCUCAUAAUGAGCUGCUGCCAAAGAUGACGUAUUUGAAUUCCCUGCAACUCUGUCCUCAAGGAGGUGAAAAGUCGGGACAAGUUAACAAGGACACAUAUGCCACACUCUGUAAGCUGUCACACCUCAAGGAUCUGGAGUGGAACUUCCUAGUAGACCCUGAGGGGGAACUCAACACACAGUACAACUACAUAAUACCCUAUCAGGGGGAGGUACUCUCAAAGAAAGACAUGUUGGAAAUAAGGGAUGACAGUGAUAGUGACUAUGAGGAGGAUACCCCCCGUAGUGAUUAUAUUAAUAUUAAUACACUAGCCAAGAAACUUAAAAAGGAUUUGAAAUCAGUGAAUGUUACACUGAAUAAAGUUUCGAAAACUUUUCAGUCAUAUCUGACUGUGUCGUUGCAUAAAUGAUAUCAUUUACAGUGCGUGCAUAGAUAAUACUAAUUGGAAACUUGAACUGAACAAAAUGACAGCUAUUUGAAUUCGAAUUUUGUAAUCACAACAUCUCCAUAUAUGGCAGAAUAUCGAGUUGGAAGCCUGGGAUCCAAUCC